AUGAGCUUUCCAUAACAUAUUCCUAGCACAUCACUUAGUUUUUUGGAUGCUAGUUUAUUGAUUGGGAAUUUAGAUUGGUUAUAUUUGUUAUCAAUGAAAGAAACAGAUGGAUUAUCAGAAAAGUCUUUAACAAAAAGUGAAGAAGUUUAAGGGUUUGAUGCAUUUCUAGAGCAAGUUGAGUUUACAAGAUCAGCAUAUAUUAAAUUAAGGUAGUGAAGUAUUGUUAUUUAAGCAGAUAGGAUUAUUUUAAUUUAAUAUAGCAUUCAUCUAGACAAUUGACAGAGAGUCUGUUGAACUCUAAGAACGAAUACUUUAGUAGAGCUAGUAUGAUGCUAAAUAAGAUCAAUAAAAGUAAAAUAGAGAAACCAAUUGUAAUGGCAUAAUGUAAGACACAGCAUAUGUAAUUUUAGAUCAUGAAUGUACAUAUGAAGUAUUUAAAUAAUGUUAAGGAGUGACAAAUAGUUCUGCUCUUUAAUCCAAUCCACCAAAAUGGCCUUGGGGAUUAGAAGAUUUUCAUAAAUCACUAUGCAAAUAAGAACUAUUGUCUCUCUUUUAUGAACCAGAUUAUGAUAGACAAAGCAUAGAUAAAAAUUUAUAGAGAUUAGUAAAGGAAAUAGAUCAUAAAUUAUUAUCAAAGGUUUUUAUAGAUUAUGCAUUGAGAGUUGGAACAUUUAAGUAUAUGUUGAGUCUUUGCGAUUUAAAUUUGAAAGAAAUAAUUAAGUUGCCAAAAUUCUAAUAAAAGAGUAGACAUCUUCACUAUAUGAGAUCUUUAUGUGAUCAAGGAGGAUUUACUAUAACUUAAUUGUAGCAAUUUACAAAGUUAAAUUAUCAUUAAAUGACUAUGACAUCCUCCCAAUCUUAUUUGUACAUAUUAGUGAGUUCUCCUGUAGGUGGAAUGUAUAAAAUAGGUACAGGCGAAGGUGGUACUGUUGCUGGUAAAGUAUAUCUACAUCAACCUAUUAAAAAAUAAGACGAUGUCUAAUGGGUAUUUCUACAAAAUAAAUUAUAUCUCAAAUAAUAAAAUGGAACUUUAGAUAUAAUUUGUCCUGAUACUUUUUAAAUUUUAAGUUAAAUGACUCUACAUUGUCCAGAAUUAUUUUAACAUCCAUAAAUGUAAGCUAUAAAUAAAAACUAUCCACUUAUUACAGAUGGAGAAAAAUUAUUUAUUAUUGGAAGAAAGCUCAAUAUUACAAAAAUUGAAGGAACACCAGCAAAAACUAGAGAACCAACACCUUCAAAUGCAAGAUCAUCAAAAAAGAAAGACGCUGAACAUUAACCUGCUGAUAACACUGUUAAAAUUAUGGAUUUUAUCCUUUUUGAAUUUGAUUUGAAUAAACCAACUGGAAAUGUUUAAAAUGAAGAAGAAUCUGAUAAAAAACUUUUGGCUGAAUUAUAUGAAUCUUUUUAAGGAUAUUUUAGUAAAGCUGAAAUAAGCAAAGCUUUGAAUCUUAAUAAAAAUGAUAUGCAAAAUGCAGCUUAAUGGUUGGUUGAAGAAGGAGAAAAAGAAAGAAACAAAACUACUGUCUCUGUUUCAAAAUAAACAUUACUUUGCCAAGCUGAAAUUACUACUGAUAUUUCAGCCAAAUAAGUAAAGAGUAGUGCUGAUAUUGGAUGUAAGGAAGGAUCAAUCCUUCAACCUUAAAUUAUUAGUAAUAUCAUUUGGACUAUGGAUAAAAAAUAUGUGACAGCUUAUUUUGAAUCUGGAAUCAAGAUUUUCUCUAAAGAUCCAGCAUAAGAAAAAGAACUUGAUCAAGCUAAAGAUGAUUUCAAUCUUAGAGAUCAUUAUUCAUCCAAAAAACCUCCUGCUUCUAAUCUACCUCUAAAAGGUACUUAUAUCACAACUGUCAAUAAAUACUUUAAUGAAUUCUAUUAAAAUCCUAAUUAUAUUGUUUCUUAUGAACAUAAUACUAAAAGAUUUUAUGUUAUGCAUAUUUAAUGGAACUCUACAGAUUUAUAAUUUCCUGCUUUAGUUACUAUAGGAUCUGAUUUUGUUCAUCGACCUUUAAAUCUGAAUUUAAGUCCAGCAACAACUUUUGAUGAAGAAGUAGUUAAUUUUCUACUUUAAUAAUAAGAAUAUCGUUACGAUUAAGAAUGGAGAUUGAAUGAUUGGUAUGUGGCUUAUUAAAUAAUGUUAAAGAAUUUAAAAAGUAUUAGUGAGCAUUUCUCUGAAGAUGAAGUUAAGAAAUUGAAAAGUGAAAAAUCUAAAUGCAUCUAAAGAAUAAAUAAAUCACUUCGAUCGAUCAAUGAUAGUAGAACAGAGGUAGAAUUAAAAAAGGUUUAUGCAUUUUGUGUAGAAGGUACUUACGAAGAAUUGAAAUAGAUUUGGUAAUUGUUCAAGAGAUUUCAUAAAGUUCAAUAUCUUUAACUUUUAUAAUAUUGGGUUUAAUAUAGUGAAAUAUCAAUUUUAUUAAAUGUAGGAGUUUAUGAUAUAUUAAAAGAGAUAGGAGAAUAUUUGAUAUAAAAUUGGUAAAAUGAAUUACACAGGAAUAUUUUUAUAAAAGGAUGGACAUUAUUUAUGUGUUCAAAUUCCCUUUAGUUGUAAUAUCUAAAAUUAGGAGAUACUCAAUUAUUAUAAAAUAUUAUAUCGACAUAUUCAAGCAUAUAAACAGAAACAGAAUCUGCAAUAUUAAAAUUAAAAUCUAAAAAUGUAAACUUAGAUGGAGAUUUUAAAUCAUUUAUCCAUAAAAAAGGAGCUUAACAUUUUUUGAUAGAACCAUUACCUAGAUUAUUAAUUGAUGUAGUUUAAAGUGUUAAGCUAUUUAAAAAGGUUUAUCCAAAAGGAUAUUUUGUAGAUUGUGAUAUAUCAAAAAUAAAUCAAUAAUUUUGGAUUUUAGCAAAAGAAUGGGCAAUAUAAUGUGAUAUAACAAAAUGGUAAUUUUUAAAUAUGAUAUUUAAUAUGGCAUUUAACGAAAAUAAUGAAUGGGAAGUAUAACAUAAAUUAGCAUUUAAUAUAUUAUAAGUUUUCGAAUUAGGAGUAAGCAAUAAAGAAGUAAAAGAAUUAAUAAUUAAACAUAAUUUUCUGACUCAUUUUUUACUUUAAUUAUUUUUAUCUCCAGUUUUAUAAUGUCCUAUAGAUUGUAGUCUUUUAUAAAUAUUAAUGUAAAUAAAUUAAAAUAUAGAAAUGCCUACAACUCCAUAUAGAAGUUAAGGCAUAGAUCCUAUAGGAUAUAAAGUAUUUGAAACUAGUCAUCCUUAUGAAAGAUAGAAAGUCUAAACUUUUGAAGAUACCUAUUUUCCAGGUGCUUUAGCUUUAGCAGUAGAAUUUGAUCCAAGAUGUUCUAGUGAUUAAGCUCAUGAUUUCUUAACAAUUAAUUCUUGGUAUUCUCCUCAUAGUGGUCCUUUUGGAUUAUAAACUAAAUUAAAAGAUCCUAUGGGAGUAUCAUAUAGAAUUUCUGGAAAAUUAAGUACAAAAAGACCAAUUUUAAUGCUUGGAAAUGUUAUCUAAGCUGAUUUUAGUCCAAGUGGAUAAGUUAGAAAUGAACAUUCACUUAGUAGAUGGGGAUUUAAAAUUACUAUUCGUCCAGUUUAUGGAGAUACUUAUCAUGUUAGCAAUGUUUUACAUAUGGUUAUUAUAGAAAACAUUUAAUCUCUAUUAGGUUUAAAUGAAAAUAGAACUUAAUCUGAAGAAAACAAUAAUCAUUUAUUAAAAUGGAAUAUUUUGAAAAAUGGAAGAGCAGGAUUUUAAUAUGAUAAACAUCUUAUCAAAGUUUUAGGCUAAUUAUCUAUUUCAAAUAUGAAUUAUGAUGAUGCAACAUUAUUACAUGAAAAUGCUGGAGCAAAUCCUAUACUUAAAAAUAAAUAUUAAUAAUUGAAGAGAGAUCUAAUCAAAAUCAAUUAUAAAAGUAGAGAAAUUUAGAAAAUUAAUAUUGAUCUUCUUUAAUUAGCUCAAUAAUAAAAUAAAUAUCUUUCCUAAAUCUUAGACAAAAAAGGAGAAUUCUACAAAGUUAUUUCUGAUGUUGUUAGUUAAUUUACGGAUUCAUUUUAAUAUAGAACUGCUAAAUAAAAAUCUGCGAUGAAAGCACACAUUGAAGAAUUUAAACAAAUUGAAAUGCUAGUUAUUUUGGUCACUUUAUAUCAUAGUGGAUUAUUAGAUGAAAUUAAUCUCUUAAACUUAGAAAAUCAUAUCGAUAUGUUAUAAGAAGCUAGAAAUGAUGUCAUCAAUUAUAUGCUUAAAGAAGUAGAGACUAUGAUUGAAUACUAAUAAAAUUAUGAAGGAAUGUCAUUAUAAGCUACUGAACUUAUGGAAUAAUAAAAAUUAAAAUAAAUUAAUGAAUCUAUUGAAAAUAUACUUUGGGAUAUGCUUUAAAAAAGAUUGGAAGGAAAUAGUGAUAUGAUUUAUAAAAUAUGCACUUAAUAAAAUUUGACAAUUAUUGAAAACAAUCCAAAUUUAUCAUUACGAUAAAUAUAUAAUAAUAUUUUAGGAAAAAUUAGAGAUUCUAAAUUAGAUCUAGUAAAUCCAUAUCAAUAUAUUGUUUAAAUCAUUAAAAAAAGAAUUUUAAUCCUAUUCAAUAUCAGUAAUGUUUAAUUAGUAGGUUAAUAAUAAUAGAUCUAAAUUAAAUCUUAACAAUCUGUUGAUUCUGGCAGUAUUAAAUAAUUAAAACCUCUUGGUAUUGAAAGAUCAAUAUCCCAUUAAAUAGAUGAUAAACACAUUGACAGUUAAAAGUUAUUAAAAUUCAGAUAAUGGCUAGAUAGUUAUUAGAAAUGGAAAGUUCUUCAUAAUGUUAAUUUAAACUAAAUUUCUGCUGAAUCCUUUGAUAUUCCUCCUGUUAAAUCUGUCAUACUAUUUCUAUAAUAAAAUGUUAAUGAAUCUUUAAUUUAAGUCAUGGAUUUACAUAAUAGAAGAUGUAUAAGAAGAAUUGCUUCUCUUAAAUUUCUCAAUGAAUUCUAAGGAUAAAGCGGAGGAAUCUUAUGUUAAGACAUUAUGAAUUAUAAAAUUGAAUUUGCCAGUUCUAAUAUAAAAGAGAUUCUACUGUAAGAAGUAGUAAAAAGAUUAAAUUAUCUAAUGUAAUCUAUAAAAAAUGAUUAUGCUACAUAUUUAAAUCAAGCAAUCACCUAAUAAAUUGAUGGAAAUUUGCUUGAAUAAUUAAAAAUCAUAUGUAUGACUCUUUGUGAAAUUAAUCAAUUAUUUUAAGUUGAUAAUAAUAUUUUAUGGAAGAGUAGAGAACAUGAUUACAAUCCUCAUUUUAAUCCUAUUUUUAAGUAAUUUUUAAAUAAUAUUAUCAUAACUGGAUUAUUAAGUUUGGCUUUUGUUAAUUUAGAUCAAUAAUAUUAAUCUGUUGCUAUUUUGAGUUAAAACAUCUUAAAUAAUGUCAAAGAGACAUUGUACAUAAUAACUGACAAUUUGAUGACUGAUGAUAUUCUUUAAUAAUUAAUAUAAAUUUUGUCAUAAGAAUUAGGAAUAUAAUUAUAGGGAGAUGAAGUAAAUUGUAGACUUCUAACAAAAUUGAACGAUUUAAUAGGAGUAAAGAGAGUGAAUUUUUUGCUAACAAAUAUUUUAGAUUAUUUGAUAAUUCAUUAAAAUUAAGAUGUUCCAUCAUCGUUAAUAAAAUUGAUUUUUUUUAUCUUACAUCAUACAAAUACUCCAUCAACGAUGAGAUUAGCAAUAAGGAUUUCUAAGUAUUUUAGUAGUAUUAAUUUGAACAAGAUGAAGUAUACUCCAAAAUAUGUAUGGUUUUAUUAUGAGAAUUGUAAUUAAUAAUAGGUGAAGGUGUUACAGGAGAAUAAAGAGUUAUAUUUUAGUUAGACAUUAAUUGAACGUGUAGGUUAAUUAGUGAAUUAAGAUGAAGAUACAAGUAAUUAAAAUAUUAAUAUAUAAUUGUAAAAUGAAUUAGUAAAUGUAUAAAAAAAGAUGAAUUAAUCAAAUACAAAUUAUGAUUAGAAUAAUCCAUAAUAGUAUAGAGUAAUAUUGCAUUUGUGUUAAGAGGAAGAAAUAUCUAUUUUAUUAAAGAUAUUAUAUUGGUGGGAGGAAUUGUAUCCAAAUUUGAAAUUGAAAUUGCCAUAAACAUAUUAAGAAUAUUUGGAAAUGAAAGAGAAAGAGAAGAAGAGAGAAGAAUAAAAGACAUAAUAACAAGAGGUAAUUGCAUAAUAGACAGAGUUUUAAUCAUAAAGAUAACAAUAACAACAAUAAUAUAAAUUAUUAGAGAGAGUAUUAAUGACUUAGCCUGAAAUUUAAUAAAAUGAUUAUUUAUUAGGAUGGGGAUUUAAUUAUAGCAAUUUAUAUAGUGAUAUGAAGAGUGGACCAUCAGAUAAUAAAAAACAUUCAUCUGGUAGAGUAAAGAAAUAGAUAAAAAAGUAUUGGAGACCUUUAAAUUUUUAGGAAUUGGAAAGAUUAUAUGAAGAAUUAUACAAAUAAAAUGAAGAUAUAAAGGCAUUUCCAGAUGAAUAAGCAUUUUUGCGAUAAAGGAAUUUUAUAACAAGGAUUCAUUCUCAUAUAAAGGAAAUAAAGAAUUAUGGUAGUUUAUUAACAGUUUAUGGUUGUAUAGCAUUUAGUGAGAUAUUUACAUAUUAAAAAGCAUAAGUAUUAAUAGAGUUGAUUUAAUCAGCAUUAAAUGGAACAUUACCAAAUAUACCUAUGAAUGAUUUAUCAGAGGAAUUCAAAAAUAAAGCAGAUCCAAAUAAAUAUAUAUUGAUAGGAGCGAUUAAAGAGAUAGCACCUCCAAAGAGUAAAUCAUAACCAUAGAAAGCACCUGCUUAAAUACCACCUUAACCAACAAAUGGAAAAUCUUAGAUGACAGUGAGUGUUUGUGAUGUAUAUACGUUUUAGUCUUAUGAGUUUAGAAUGGAUUAUAUUACAUUAUUACCAUAUGGAAAUACAAGUGUUAAUUUUUAUAAUGAAAUUAAUCGAAGUUCAUCAUUCACAUAAUAAUUAGUGAAUGGAUAAAUAGUAGGUUAAUUAAUUUAUGAAUUAAGUCAAUUGUUAUGUCACUCAUAAAUUGAUGUUACAAAUUAAAAUAAAUAUUAUAAAUUAGGAUAUACAACUAUUCUGUCAUAAUAAUUAAUAUAAAUAGCUCCAGGAAUACCGGUUUAAAUUAAAAAACAUAAAUCACAUGAUAAACAAUAUAUUGUUUCUGGAGGAGAUUAUUGUGGAUAAAAGGAAUUAAGACUGCUUUCUAAUAAUGAUGAUAAACUUAAUCUUUAGAUAGUUAAAUUGGAUGAAAUUGAACUAAUACAAUAAGAUAUUCCAUAAAUGAUAUCUUAAGAAUAAAUCAUAGAAUUAAUAGAAAAAGAGAAUGAUAAAUUUAUACUCAGGAAUCUUUUAAUAAUAGCAAGUAAAUUAUAAUGGAGAGGAUUUAAUGUAGAGAGAAUAAUAAAUAAAAUAUUAAAUUUAGCUACACUCUAUUAAGGAGAUAAUAAAUUCAUUCAAGCUUGGGAAAGAUUAAUUGAUAGCAAAUUAUAACCUAAUUAUUUCUUUCCUAUAGAAAUAACUAAAUCUAUCAAAUUCUUAUAAUAACCUUAAUAAGUUGAAUAAGAAGAAUAAAAGAUUGAACCUUUUGUAGAGAAUGUUGAUAACACUAUUAUAGUAGGUAGUACUUAUAUGUAAUCAUUGCCUGAAGCUUGUAUCGUAUCAAAUGAACUUAAAUUAGUGCAAUAUUGGGAGAAAAAUAUAUUACCUAAAAUAUACGAUUAUGUUAAGGGUUCUUUAAGACCAUAUGAAAUAGAGGACUUCUUUGAAUAAAUACGUUAAUAAUUAAGAAAAGGAGAAUAACAUAGAGCAUUGGAAAUAGCAUACAUAGUAUGCGAUUAAAGAAUGCCUAAUGGUGUUGUAAUUCCUGAAUCUAAUCAUGAUUGGAGUACUUUGACAAUUGAAGAAGUCUAAGCUGGAUAAUAUGUGUUAUGUAGACUUAUUGAUAAAACAUCAGAAUAAUUAUACUCUAAAGAAUAUUUACAUUAUAAAAAGCAAGGUUAAACCUUUAUUUGUGGAUAAAUUAUUGGUGUUGAUUAAAGAUCGUCCUCUAUUCUAAUUACACAUAUGGAUAUUAAUAAUUCUUAACUGUAUGCUACUUGGUUCCCAGUAAGUGCUCUCAAAUAAGUCUAAUUAUACAUUCCACCUAAUGCUAAUGCAUAUUAAUCAGAAACUAUUUUAAAAGAAUAUAAUAAAGAAUUAGACUUAGAACUUAGUAAAUAAGCCAGAUUAUUAUAUAUAUUAAUGAGUUAAACUGUUAAUGUAGACCCUAUUACAUAUUUAUAACUGGCCAUGUAAUUUGAAGGUUCAUGUAUUAAUGGUUGGCUUACUGAAUAAUUAAUUGAUGAUAACACCAAAACUAAUUAAAAAUUAAAUCAAUUUCUUUCUAAUCCAGAAUUAAUAUUCACUUGGUUAUCUAAAUCAUUUGAUUCUAUUUAAUAAUUUGUUAAUAAUAACAAAUUAAUUCUAGAUUUAGUUAAAUCUCAUAAAAAACCUUUAGAACUUAACUCAGAUCUUGAUAUUGCUGGUUUAGCUAUUGUUUUUAAAAAUGAUGCUACUUUAUGUACUUGUUCUGGAAUCAAUUUCUUUAAAGAUAGAUUGGGCAUCAAUGAUUUUUAUACUAUAAGUAGUGGUAAAGAAACUAGAGGUAGAUUAUCACCUAUUAUUUUAAAUUAAAAAACUGUUUAUUGUGAAUAUUAUUUUAAUGGAGAAGCUUUACCUAUUUAUUAAUAAAAAUAAUGUGUUUCUCGUUUACCUUGUGUUGUUUACAAGAUUCCUACUUUAUGGAAUACUGUAUGUUAUGUUAUUGAUUAAAUGAGUACGAUCUUUAUUAAAAAUAAAGAUAUUUAAAAUAUAAAAACCAUUAAUUAACUUUUAGAAAAAGUAUAUCAUACACAACCUCAUAUUUUAAAUCAAUCCAUUAUUAAAUUAUUAAUCAGAAAUGUUCGAAAAAUGUAAACAAUGACAGAUGAAACUUUAAAAGAUGAAUUUCUAUCCUAUUUAGUUAAUGAUGCUGUCAAAAUAUAUAAUAUUUAAAAAGCAGAACCAAAUGUUUUAUAUUCAUCUUAUCUAUAAGAUAUUACUGAAUUAUUAGCUUUAGCUAUUCCUAAUAAAACUAAAAUUUAGAUUCCAGAUUGGUUAAAUUCUUAUAGAUAUAUUAUCUAAAUUGCAGAAUUUAUUAAAUGUGGUAAAUCUUUAUACAAUGAAUAAAUUGAACAAAUUAAUGGCAUGUUAUAAAUAAAUCAAUGGAAUCAUUUAAUUUAUAUGAAUGAAUUACCAUGUGAUAUACAAGAUGUAUUACAAGAACAAUAAGUUAGAAUUUUAAAUCCUUCUAUAGACAUUUUUAAAAAGUCAAAAUAAACUAUCAUUCUAAUUGAUGGAUUUUAAUUAUUAAAUUUAGAAAAUGUUGAAAUAUAACUCCCUCCUGAACCUCUCUAAGAAUCUGUUAAAUUAUGGGAAUGUGAAAUGUGUACUUUCGCUGAAAAUGUCUGGGAUUCUUAAUAAUGUGCUAUGUGUGAAAAUCCAGCACCUGCUAAUAAAAUUCCUUAUAAAGGACCUGAAGAUUCAUCUUAAUAAAAAGAAUAAUAAUAAACUUAAAUUAAUGUUGAUGAGGAAGAUGAAAAAGCUGAUAAAAGAGAAGGAUAAUUCUUUGAUGAUCUUAUUGAAAAAAUUAAAGAUAAAAUUAAAAACUAUUAUACUGAUUAAUAAAAUUAAAAGUAAUAAAAACUUUAAUAAAUUAAUUCAGCUAUUGAAGUUUAAUAAAAUCUCUUAAAAUAACUCAAUAAAUAAUUAGAAAAAAAAUAAAAAUAAUUAAUAUCAAAAUAUAAUCCUAAAUCAAUUAAAUAACCAUUAUAAUAGUAACAAUAAUAAAAAAUUUAGGAUUGUUAAUUAAAACUUCAAGAACUCAAUAAAGAAUUGUAAUAAAUCUAAGAAAGUAAACUUGAAAACAAUUUCUAAAUUUAUUUUGGCAAAUAAGUCUUAGAAAAAGCAUAAGGAAAUUGUUAAUCUGCUAAGUAAUCUAAUAAUAAUAAUAAUCUUAAAAAUAAUCAAUCUAUAUCAAUACUACAUGAAUUCUUAUAAAAUAGAUUAGAAUAUUACAGAAAAAAAAUAAAUCCUAAAUACUUAGAAGAAAUGAAUAGCAUGGAUUCAUUAGAAAGUUGGUAAUAUUUAGAAUCUUUAGGUUAUGAUCUUCAUUAUUAAUAAGUCACUAGCCCAAAGAAUAUUUAAAUUCUACCAAUAUAAUAAAUGAAACAUCUUCUUAAAUUGAUUGAAUUUGAUAUUUGCAAAGAAACAAAGGCUGUAAGAGUUUACAACCCAAAAAAUAUAAGAAAUUAAAUAGAUGAAUAGGCUAUUAACUAUUAAGAUUAUAUUAAUUGUUUAACUAAAUAUUAGGAUAUUAUAAAUGCUCCAAUAUUAAUAAUAAGAUAAUCAUGGGCUAUAAUAAAAUUAUUCAAUCGCUAUUUAGAAGCUUGUGGAUAAUUUAUUAAUAUGGAUGUUCCAAUAGGUACAUCUUAAUAAUUCCAUUAAAAUACAAUAUUUUUAUCAAUGGGAAACUAUAUGUAAGUUUUAAGGUAAUUGUGUAUGACACCAACAAAAGUGGAUAUUGUUUAAAGAGUUUUAAAUAAAACAAGUAUUAGUAGAGAUUCUCCACCUAAAAUAAAUGUUGAACGUAUCCGUUUAGCAAACCGUAACGGAAGAACAAAUUAAUAGGAUUUCUUAUUUACAAUGGCAUAUGAAUAAAUGAAAAAUAUACCACCAACUUUAUUGAGACCAAUAAAACCAUAAGGAACCGAUCCAUUUUUGGCAUUUGAAGUAAAUUUUAAAGGUGAAGAUGUUUAAGGUGAAAGUGGUCCAUAUAGAUAAUUUUUUGCAGAUAUUAGUAAGGAAUUAUAAUCAUCUUAAUUAUUAUUAUAUCCAUCAACAAAUAAUCAAGCAAAAUUAGGUAAUCAUAAGGAUAAGUUUGUUUUAAAUCCAAGUGCUAAAUCUAAUUAUUAUUUACAUUUAUAUGAAUUCUUAGGAGUAUUGAUGGCAAUUGCUAUAAGAACUGCUACUCAUUUCUCUUUAGAUUUACCAUCAAUAUUUUGGAAACAAAUUGUUGGUGAGAAAAUCACAUUUGAAGAUAUAGAAUAAAUUGAUGCAACAAUGUGCAACUUAAUUAAUUUUAUGUAAGAAUGUCCUGAAUCAACAUUUGAAGAGAAUAUUUUUGAAAAUUGGGUAACUCUAAGAACAGAUAAAAGUGUUUAAGAAUUAAAAGAAGUAAUUUAUAUAGAUAUAUUAAAUUAUAGAAUGGUAGUAAAAUACCAGUAAAAUAUGAAGAAAGACUUGAAUACAUAAAUAAAUUGAUAGAAGUUAAAUGUACUGAAAGUGAAUUAUAAUGUGAAAACCUAAUCAAAGGAUUAGUUAAAAUAAUUCCUUCACCUUUAUUAAAUUGUAAUUUUUUAUUUAUAUUUAAAAUAGGGGUUUCAGCAGAAGAUUUAGAAUUAUGGGUAUGUGGAAGACCUAUUGUAGAUGUAGAUCUAUUAAAAAGGCAUACUAGAUACUCUGGUGAUUUAAAUGAAAAUAGUGAAAGAGUCAAAUACUUUUGGGAAGCCCUCUAUGAGUUAUCAGAAUAAGAAAAGUUGAGAUUUAUAAAGUUUUGUUGGGGUCAAGAAAGAUUACCAGCUAAUGAUGAAGAAUUUGAUCGAAACUAAAUAAGAUUCAUGAUUAAACCUUCAACUGUUAAUACUAAAUAACCAAAUAAAGCUCUACCAAAAGCAGAUACAUGUUUCUUUAAUUUAGAAUUACCAAACUAUUCUAGUAAAGAUGUAUUAAAUUAUAUUUAUUAUUUAGAUUUUAAAAAAGUAAUUACUAACAGCAAUUAAUUUCGAUUGUGAUAGUAUGAAUGCUGAUCCUAGAGUAAAUCUAGAUCCGAAUGCUCGACAUAGAAGAAAUAGAGAAGAUGAUGAAGAUGAUAGUUUAUUUGAAGAGGGGGAGUGGUGA